AUGCUACCUGAAUUUCUACAGAGUAGUUACGUGCGCUACAAAGCAGAUACAAAUACGUUUGCAACAUGGCUACUGGAGACGGCCAACCAAUGUGGCUAUCAUCCACCUACCCUCUCUACUGCCGUUCCUAAGGCGAAAAGGCUUGCCGAUAUAGUUGCCAAUUCUGCUCUCACGGUACCUAAGUCAAUUCUCACUAUCGCGAAACGCGCCAUCAGAUUAAGAAAAGCGGUCACUUCCUGGUUCUUAGGCCAGGGAGACUCUACGAACAAUAAGCGUCAUGCUCAUUUCAUCACUACGCUGGAGCAGAUCUGUGAGACUCUUGAAUGGAAGACCAACCAGUCCUCGAAACCAGACGUUAAGCAGCCAGUGCCGACUUCUAAAGCUCAAGGUGACGAUGGCGAUACAGAGAGGUUUCUCAACAAAUUCGCUGUUCUCACAAUUGUCAAGGUGACUGUUGUUGAAGAGGACGACAAUGAGGCAGCAGACUCCUACCUUGGUCAUUUGUUCUUCAAGACCCUCUGCUUACUUCAAGACCUGAACAACAUACGAAUGUUCAUUUCCAUCACCUGGUCGGAGUAUAGAGAUAAGAAAAUUGACCUUAUGAACGCAGCUGUUGUGACUGACAGUGCUUUGCAACUUACCCGAGAUCUUGUAGAGGAGGUGGAGGCUGACUGGCGCACGUCGCUUACGGGGAAAAGGGAUCAUGUCCAAAAUAUUGUCUACAAUCUCGCUGUUUCUACCCGCGGCAUUUCUGCGGCUCCAUCCAUUGAAAUCGGCCUACCAUACAACAAGAACAUGGCCGAUAUAGCCGACUGGUGCUAUCUGCCAACUAAGGUCCUGCUUGAGUCCUUUGCAAAUGUUCUCCAGGACAACAAUCAGCCAGUCUUUAAAAAUGGGUAUUUUGGUUCCUAUAAUCCGGCUGCGGACAGAGAACGGAUGUCCCUAAGUCAAAAAUUCAACGAAGACAAAAUCAUCCUUCUUUCGAUUUUGCCAGAGUUUUGCAUGGUCGAUACAUUCAAAAUCCAGAUGCCUACUGAGGACGCGAUUACUCGAGGCCUUGUUGAAUUUGCCAAGACCAAAAGGGUCACUUUGUGGCUUUGCUUCGCCUCCCAGAUCUUCCUCGACGUUCAUCACGUCAUGCGAUACAGUACCAUGGGUGGUGCAUUUGGGGAUCUCCGAAUGUCUGGGCUUCGCAUCCAGAAGACUAUCGAUGACUUCCUGCAACUGUCUAAAACACAUCCUCAGCCCAAAUUCUGGCCAAAGGAGGGUGACGAAGAGAUUCGAAAUAUAAGUUCAACCGUGAAAUCAUGGAUCAUACAAGAUCUGUUCUUAGAUAUUCGAGUCUUCUCUGGACUUGAUAAGAUCGGCUCCACGCCCGAAAAGCAUGCACUCUUCUCGCAGCAUUCCAUCCUGUGCGGCUUGAUCCUGUUCAACCUCAAUACUCGUAUGCAGUUAGUUGGCCAGCAGCUCGUCACCCAAUGGUACGACGUCCAACAACUGGCUUUCUUGCACAACCUUGCCAUAAAUUCCCCAACGCACAAAGACCUAAGAUGGCCUGAUAUGGGUGCUUUUGUUAAGAUCCAUGGCGAGUCUCAUAUCUUCAUUGCCACGGGCAUCUCAUCCGCUGCCAAUUUUGCCCGCAAUUCCCGGAAAAAAGGAUUUCAUACCCCUGAUGGUAAAAAUUCCCGCGUGCGCAAGCCCACCACGGAGAUUGCAAACUUGUUUUUCGCCUAUUACGUUGACGGUUCUGAGCAAGAUGCCGGGUUUGUAAACAUUAAUAGAAUCCUGGACAAGCUCUUACAGAAAUCGAAACUUGAAUCACAUAGCAAGGAGCUUCGGAAAGCCAAUCCAGAACACUUCAUUACCCGAAAGUGGUCUUAUACCCACCACAUUGACGCACUGCAGCUCCUCGCCUUCCUGAAGGCCAAGCUAUAUGAAGAGGAGCCUAUCAUCUUGUACAACUACUUCGGCAUGCAUAAACGCUCCGUAGAGUUACUAAGACUGAUCCGAGACAAAGAGCACCACAAAUUUGUCCAAUAUUUCACCUCAGCGUACAUGCCUGAUGAGUCUUUCAUAUCGAACAUCGUUAUCCUCACCCAUCACGUUGCGCAAGGCUCGGCUCAAAGUGCGUGUGCAAUGGGGCUUUCAUCUGAUGGGACUGGGAUAGUGAGUCGUAUCGUUAUGAGCGUUGGCGACGUGAUGCGGGAAUACUUGAAGAAGAAUGGAGAUGUUGCAUGCAAAGAGCUGAGAGUGUUUUGCAGGAACAAGAAGGCAAUUCAAGAUGACGUUGCUCAUGAUAAGGGCAAAUCAGCCGAUCUGGUGUAUUCUUGGCUCAGUCUUGAGGAUGUUCUGGGUCCCAAGCGCGUGGCCUCGCUCAUGACUGGGAUCCCGAUAGCCUGA